AUGUAUCCAGAUAUUUGCGAAAAGCCACACGGUUGCGCAAUAUGUGGUAAGAUGUUUAGUACAAGCAGUUCACUGAAUACUCACGUUAGGAUUCAUACUGGUGAACGUCCUCAUGAAUGUCCAAUGUGUGGAAAGCGUUUUACAGCGUCAUCAAAUUUGUAUUAUCACCGCAUGACACAUUAUAAGGAGAAACCACACAAAUGUGACGAAUGUGGACGAUCAUUUCCAACUCCCGGUGAUUUAAGGGCUCAUGGAUAUUCCCAUACUGGUAAUUGGCCUUUACGUUGUCCCGUCUGUAACAGGGGAUUUUGCAAAUUCGGCGCCUUGCAUCAUCAUAUAAAAUCACACGGUGAGCGUUCUUAUUAUGGUAUCUACAAUCAGAAGCCUCCCGUCAUCAAUAAUUUACAAAUUCAUGAGCGUUUACAGCAUUCACGUGUAUCAAACAAUGCAGCUAAUUAUACGGGUAUACACAAUGGUAUUUCAAGUGUAGAGAUUGUCAAAGUUGAAGGUUUUAAUAACAAUUACAUGCAAUUACCUGCAAUGUAUCCAUGGCCUUCUCUUUCUUGGAUGCCAUUACAAUUCCAAAAUUAA